CCCUCCUGCCUGCAAGCUCAGCAUGCAUCUUCCCGGUUUCAGGAACUUCUUGUUGCUGCUAUCCUCCCUUCUCUUCGUUGGGCUGUCAGCUGUUCCCCAAAGCUUCUCUCCCUCUCUGAGGAGCUCGUCUGGCGCCCCCUGCAGGCUUUCCAGGGCCGAGUCUGAGCGCAGAUGUCGUGCACCUGGGCAACCCCCAGGGGGCGCGCUGUGCCAUGACCGUGGCCGUUGCGAGUGCGGGGUCUGCAUCUGUCAAGUGACUGAACCUGGCACCUAUUUUGGACCACUUUGUGAGUGUCACGAGUGGGUGUGCGAGACCUACGAUGGGAAAACCUGCGCAGGCCAUGGAACUUGUGACUGUGGCAAGUGCAAGUGUGAUGCGGGCUGGUCCGGGGAAGCUUGCCAGUACCCAACCAAGUGUGACCUGACAAAAAAAAUCAGCAACCAGAUGUGCAAGAACUCUCAAGAUGUUAUCUGCUCCAAUGCAGGUACAUGUCACUGUGGCAGGUGCAAGUGUGAUAAUUCAGAUGGAAAUGGACUCAUUUAUGGUAAAUUUUGUGAGUGCGAUGAUAGAGAAUGCAUAGAUGAUGAAACAGAAGAAGUGUGUGGAGGCCAUGGGAAGUGUUACUGUGGAAACUGUUACUGCGAGGCUGGUUGGCAUGGAGAUAAAUGCGAAUUCCAGUGUGACAUCACCCCCUGGGAAAGCAAGCGAAGAUGCACAUCUCCAGAUGGCAAAAUCUGCAGCAACAGAGGAACAUGUGUUUGUGGUGAAUGUUCUUGCCAUGAUGUUGAUCCGACUGGGGACUGGGGAGACAUUCAUGGGGACACAUGCGAGUGUGAUGAAAGGGACUGUAGAGCUGUUUAUGAUCGAUACUCUGAUGAUUUCUGUUCAGGUCAUGGGCAGUGUAACUGUGGACGAUGUGAUUGCAGAGCAGGCUGGUAUGGAAAGAAUUGUGAGCACCCAAGGUCCUGCCUAUUGUCAGCUGAGGAGAGCACCAGGAAGUGCCAGAGUGGCUCUGAACUGCCUUGUUCUGGAAGAGGCAAAUGCGAAUGUGGCAGAUGCACUUGUUACCCUCCAGGGGACAGCAGGGUAUAUGGCAAGAACUGUGAGUGUGAUGACCGGCGCUGUGAAGACCUGGAGGGCGUGGUCUGCGGAGGCCAUGGCACAUGCUCCUGUGGUCGUUGUGUUUGUGAAAAAGGAUGGUUUGGCAAGCUCUGCCAACACCCACGGAAGUGUAACAUGACAGAAGAAGAAAGCAAGACUUUGUGUGAGUCAGCAGAUGGCACAUUGUGCUCAGGAAAAGGUUCUUGCCAUUGUGGAAAGUGCAUUUGUUCUGCAGAAGAGUGGUAUAUUUCAGGGGAGCUUUGUGACUGUGAUGACAGAGACUGUGACAAACACGACGGUCUCAUUUGUACAGGUAAUGGAAUUUGUAGCUGUGGGAACUGUGAAUGCUGGGAUGGAUGGAAUGGAAAUGCAUGUGAAAUCUGGCUUGGCACUGAAUAUCCUUAAUGAUUCCACAGGAGACAACUGGAUUCUUAUUUCUAGGCAACUUUAGAAAUUUAGAGGAAAGCAUAUGUAAACAGCACCAUGACUAUUGUAUGUUUUUUCUAUUUCUGACUGUGUGAGGGAAACAUGGGUCUUCACUAGAAAUGACUUCAAUAAGCUGAUGUAAAUUACACAACAAAGAAUUGUCCUCCCAUAAUUAACACCUGUGGUUCAUAAUUAAGAAGAGCACUUUUGCAACCCACAAGACAUUUGGCAAUACCUACAGAGAAUUUGGAUGUCGGACUGGGUAGUGUAGGGGUGCUUGUGCUAUGGGCACUUUAGAUAUAGUGGCCACAGACAAUGCUAAACACCCUAUAGAACACAAUAUCCAAUAUUUGCCAAUAUGUAGUAGAAAACAAAAUAAUAAAUCACUUGGUAUUUUGGACUCCACAUUCCAACACCAGAAACACUGUAUUAUAAUAUAAGGAUGAUAUUUAUUCUCACAUAAACCAAUCAUUUGGAUUUUUCCAGGAUUCCAUAUGACUCUGAAUUUGCAUAUUGGGACAAUGAUAACAGACACAUAUGACUUGUGAUGAUGGGCUGAGGCUUACCAGAUCAAAAGGGCUUUAAACUUACAAGAAUCUCUUACAGGAAGAAAUGAAAAAUGUACAAUUUGACAUUUUAAUAAAUAGUGACAUAAGUUGUUUA